UUUAGUCCUAAAACACCGGUGCACAAUGAACUUUUAUGCUUUAAAACUGUUGUUCUAUACGUUUGUAGUGCAUGCUAUCGUUCCAGACAAUCCAAAUAAAAUUAAAACGAUGGUCCGAUUGCCUAAAAAUAACAGUGAGUUUAAUUUAAUAGUAGAGACAUUUCAAAAGCCUAAUAAUCUUAUAACAGUAGCAAAAACUAUUGUUCAAGGUGAAUUCGAUAUUUUCCGGAAUUUACCUACACAAUUUAUCACUUUUGAAUUAGAGUUAGUAUUAAUAUUCCGGCAAAUGGCCUACGCUUUUGAAAAAAGAAAUGAAACUGAACUCAAGGAUUUUAUAGGAACGGUUUGUACAAUGCUCCCGAGAUGUUUGGAUUUUACCUACAUUGGUGUCUUAUUAAAUUCAAUAACAAUUAUGUUGAGCGAAAUUCAUAUCAUUCUUUGUCACGAAUUACCAACGUAUUAUAAAGAAUAUGAGAAUGCGACUGCGGAUAUAGAAAAAAAACUUAUCAAUGAAAAAAUAGACAGAAUAUUAAUAUCUAUACAAUCAAUGAUUGAGAAAAAAACAAAUAUUGGUACAAACUUAUUCGAGGAAGUGCAAAAUUACGAGGAUAAAAGUAUGGGUUUUAUUUCAGUAGCUUACGUGAUCUUGGGUUAUAAUAAUAUAAUACCAUAUAUGAAUUUAAUUCACGGCUUAGAGGAGAAAGAUAUGUUUGAAAGUUAUUCGCAAACUAACAAAAUGCAAUUUAAGGUGUCUGAAAUUAGGACCGGAGACAAUGAAAUUCAACGAAAUUCUGAAAAACCAAUACAUUUUCAGGAAAUCAACAAUGAUUAUGCAAAAAAACUUCAAAAAGAAGAAUGCGGUUUAAUACAAUUUGUUGACGAUUUUUCGACAGCCGAAGCUAUGGAAAAAUUACUGUUAUUUACACUUAGUAGACUCCAACAGUAUUGUACACAUUCUAUGCUAAACGAUAUUAAAGAUGUUAAAGAUGAUAAAGAAGAAUACGAUAAUAUGGAUGAUAACGAUGAUAACGAUGAUAUAGAUGAUAGCGGUCAUAUAGAGGAACUUCAAUCAGAAACCGAAAAUAAACAAAAGACAAACUAUAUUAUAGACAUGUUAAAGGGUAUGUGUCAGAAUAUCCCUUUAAUUCUCAUGUAUUUAAAAGAAAUAACUUUAAAUAACGUUAAUAAGUUUAACGACGACUCGAUAAUGUUUAGCAUGUAUUUAACGUUCUGCAGCGACUUCAAGGGAUACACUGAUAUCCGUUGUGCUAAUCCAUUUCCCAACACCGAAGUUAAGAAGAAGGUUUUUGAGGCCAAGUUGAAUGAUUGUGUAAGCGAGUCGGUGAAAAACAUUUGGAGUUGGAAUUUAUUUAAAUCAACACAUCAGGUACCGAAAAUGACAAAUGAACAUUUUGUAAAUAAUGAACUCUGUACAAAGUUGUACUUAAAUUAUUUAACGGAUAUCUAUGAUACCAUCAAACAAUUUUACACAGGAAAAACCAUGGGCGUAUGGACCACGUUCGAGUGGUUGAGCGGUAAAUAUUUUCUUACCGAAAAUUCUGAAAACGUAGAUAUGAACGAGUUAAAAUCAAAAGAUAUAACAAUCAGAGACGUAACCAUGAGUUUAUCAGUGGCGUAUCAUGCCAUUUUACCGUGGGGAUUGAAUACGUUCAGCGUCAUGGAAUUUCACAAGACGAUUGUAUACCAUCUAGACAGAACGAUGAAAACGUACGUUUAUCGAUACGCGCAAAUCAUAUUUAUGUACUUGAAUCGCACUAGUAGUAGCGACAGUUUUCAAGUUUUACAAAACAUACGAGAUAGUGUUCGAUGGUAUAUAGACGGGACUGAAUUAUUUUACAAAUAUCUCGAUUUACCUUUAUACACCGAUACAGACGCACAGAAUGAACCUCAACCCACUAAUCGCAUUGACUCUCUCAUUUCUAUGAUAAAAAAUAUAUACAACAACGGUAGUAUAAAUGUCGACGAAUAUAUUCCCCCGGAUGAAAAAAAAGACUUUUCGCAGUGGUCCGAGACAAAGCUUCCUGAAAUCGAUGACGGAUACGAACAAUUCAAUAUGGUUAUAAAUAGUAAUUGCAUGGACGCUAUGAACUACAUGAGUGCUUUUUUUUCAAUCGCAAAGAAGUCUAUGGACAUAAAUUUUGAAUUCCAUUCUGCUGCAACUAUGUACUCACAGUACUGUCCACAAAAUAUAUUUUGUGUAUCUGAAAGCGUAUUUAAAUUAGAAAUAACAGAAUAAAGAGUGUUAACGUAAUGUUUUUUAUUUUUAAGAAAAAAUUAUUUUUCAUGCGAUGAGCAUUAAUUUAUAAUCACUAUGUAUUUCGAUCCAUAUUAUUAAUAUUUAUAAUGUCAUUUUAACGUAGUUGUAAAUUAAAUUCAUCCAUAACUUCCUUUAUUGUAAUUACAAUUUUAUCAUUCUAACCAACGAUCUAAGUAUUAAUAUCUAAAUAUAUAGAUAUAAUUAUUUAUACUUUAACAGGUAAUCUCAGGUAAUAUUAUACUACGGACAAUUGUAUACGUCUAAAAAUGUUAUGAUGGUUUUUGUUUUCUUUGCUGGUUAUAAAGUUAUAAAAAAAUUGUGGUUUACCCCUUUAAUUUUAUAAAUUUACAUUUAAUAUUUCGUCUUGAUUUCUUUGUCCAUACUUGUUUAAUUAUAUUACAGUUAUCACAAGAACGACUAUGUUUGAUAAUAGGAUAAAAUAAUGCGAAUAAAAUUUAUUAAUUUUAAAGACAAAUUUGUGUUAAAUUAUUAUCGUAUAAC